AAGGGAGCUGUGUAAAUCGCGGCAGUGCGUGUUCGUUUUCGCGUUGAUUGUUUCCGUUUUUUAUUGUCGUUUGUGUUUUGUUGUUUUUGAAAGUAUUUAUCGCGAAAUACCUCGCGGUGCUACCGUGCAGUGUUAUUUAUCGCGAAACGUACGCCAUACUGUGUGAACCGAUCGCACAAUCGAAGCGGUCCCGCAACCGAACGCCAUUGUGUGGCGGAAACCGUCGACGGAUAGAUUGCCGAUUGAACAGCGAUUUGAAUCUUGUCCAAGGAAUCAUUCUGCUGUGGGAAACAGAAGGCACGCGAAGUGAUUAAUCCGGAAAGACGAAAUAAUUGGACCCGCCGUCGCUACCUGUACGUGUAAAUCUGGGUUUAUAGUGCGCGUUGUUGCGAUUGCGGCCGGGCGCGACAAAUCAAACAGAGCUUUGGAAAAAUAAUUUAGGCAAAUUAAUAACGAAAAAUAACCACAACCAUCAUUCGCCACUUUACGCAUCGUGCAUAAGCAACUAUGGAGGAGGACACGGAAUACAAGAAGCUGCCGAUCGAUGAACGCUGCGUGCACAAGUUGUGGAAGGCCCGUGUCGACGGGUACGAGGAAGCGGCCAAAUUGUUUCGCACCAUCGACGACGAAAAGUCCCCGGAAUGGAGUAAAUACCUGGGGCUGAUCAAAAAGUUCGUCAUAGACAGCAACGCGGUCGCGCAGGAGAAGGGUCUCGAGACAGCGCUCGUGUUCGUAGAGAACAGCGGCAAUGCAGGGAAGACGGUCGGCGAAGUUAUGGGUGGCAUCGUGGCGAAAUGCAUCGGUGCACCGAAGACAAAAACGAAGGAACUGGCGGUGCAAAUCACACUGAUGUACGUGGAGAUCGAGAAGCAGGAAACCGUGCUGGAAGAGCUGCUGAAGGGUACGGAGCAAAAGAAUCCCAAAAUAGUUGCCGCCUGUGUCAGUGCCAUUACGCUGGCGUUGCGCGAGUUUGGCAACAAGGUAAUCAACAUCAAACCGAUCGUGAAACGUUUGCCCGCACUGUUGAGCGACCGCGAUAAGACCGUGCGCGAUGAAUCGAAAACACUGACGGUGGAGAUUUAUCGAUGGAUUGGGGCGGCGUUUAAGUCACAAAUUGCGUCCCUGCCGGCCGUACUGCUGGCCGAGCUGGACACGGAGUUUGAAAAGAUUGGCAAUGAAAAAGCCACCCCGGUGCGGUACUUGCGUUCGCAGCAAGAAAAACAACAACAGAUUGCGGCCUCGGUCGCGGACGGUAUCGAGGGCGAGGAUGAUGGUGAUGGGCCGGAGGGUGGUGAUGUUAGAGAUGAGAUCGAUCCCAUGGAUCUGAUCGAUCCGGUUGACAUACUGUCGAAACUGCCGAAAGAUUUCUAUGACAAGCUAGAGGCUAAGAAAUGGCAGGAACGCAAGGAAUCUCUGGAAGCGUUGGAGACAUUACUGCAAAACCCAAAACUCCAGCCGGGAGAUUAUGGUGAUGUGGUGCGUGCUCUGAAGAAGGUUAUUACAAAAGACACGAACGUAGUCCUCGUGGCACUCGGUGGAAAAUGUUUAGCUAUGUUGGCGAAAGGAUUGGGAAAGAAAUUCAACACUUACGCAGGGGCUUGUGUUCCAGCGAUUUUUGAAAAGUUUAAAGAGAAAAAAACGAACGUGGUAACGGCUCUGAGGGACGCGAUCGACGCUAUAUAUCCCUCGACAACGAUAGAAGCAAUCCUUGAGGAUGUACUCGAAGCACUGGGGAACAAAAAUCCAAGCGUAAAAAUGGAAACAGCAUCUUUUCUUGCGCGUUCGUUCACCAAAACCCUGCCCGCAGCACUUUCGAAGAAAGUGCUCAAACCACUGAUAGCAGCCCUGCUGAAAACGUUGAACGAACCCGAUCCGGCCGUCCGAGAUGCUGCGGCGGAUGCAAUCGGAACCGCCAUGAAGUUGGUCGGUGAGAAAAUCAUCGCACCGUACCUGACCGAGGUGGACGCACUGAAAAUGGCCAAGAUAAAGGAGAGUUGCGAUCGUGCGGUCAUAACGGUGAAGAUUCCUGCCGCCCGUAAGGAGCGUCCCGCAACAGCACCGGCCAAAGCGGUUACGACGAUCAAGAAGGCACCAUCGGAGACUAAAGUUGGUGCAUCGGGUGGAAGUGGUGGAUCGGCAGGAGUUCCACGUCCUUCGACAGCAGCGACCGUGGUCAAAAAGGUGGUAUCCGGUGGUGGCCUUAAGAAGAGUGCUACCGGAGGUUCGCUCGGUGGAAGAGCUGGUGCGGGUAGUGCUAAAGCAGGCGCUUCACCGGCGGCACCGAACACGGAAAAAGAUCUGUCACAGGAGGAGAUCGAUGAGCGGGCGGGUGAAAUGUUACCACCCGACGCACUCGGUGGUCUCAUGGAUGCGAACUGGAAGACGCGUCUGAGUGCGGUUGAAUCGUUCGCCGGUGCCAUCGCGGGGCUGGAAACGAAACCAGGCCUGUCGCAAAUUCUGCUGCGCUCGCUUGCAAAGAAACCAGGCUUCAAAGAUACCAACUUUCAGGUGCUGAAAGGAAAGCUCGACACAGCGCGCACGAUUGUGGAGCGUUUCGGAAUCACAACUACCACGGCCGAUUAUUUGCUAACGGACGUGACGGAGAAGCUGGGUGAUGCGAAAAAUGGAACGGCAGCCGCAGCGUUACUAACAGCGAUUGCCGAAGGUGGUGCCCGGCUGGACUACACCGUACAGCGCGUGAUGGAAUUUGCCUUCGAACAGCAAAAAUCACCCAAAGUGCAGCAAGAGGUUCUGUUAUGGGUUGCGACAGCACUGCGCGAGUUUGGGUUCCAGGUCGAGGCGAAGGGUCUGCUGGAAAGUGCCCGUAAAGCGGUUCAGAGUAUUAACCCAGCCGUACGCACAGCUGGUAUUGCACUGCUGGGCACGAUGUACCUAUUCAUGGGCCAACCGUUAACGAUGUUUUUCGACAAUGAAAAGCCGGCCCUCAAGCAGCAGAUAAUGGCGGAAUUUGAGCGAUGUGCCGGUCAAAAACCGCCGACUCCGACACGGGGAGCAAGCGCUAAAUCAACAGCCGCCGGUGGCGAAGAGGAUGAUGACGACGCUGGGGAAGGUGGCGAUGAGGAUGCCGCGCCCAUGGUGAACGUGAACGAUCUGUUGCCACGAAUCGAUAUUUCGGGACAAAUCACGGAAGCAUUGCUGACGGAACUUUCGGACAAGAAUUGGAAAACACGAAACGAGGGCUUGGUGCGGCUGCAAACCAUUAUUGCCGAGGCGAAGCUCAUCAAAUCGACGCUCGGGGAUUUGCCUCAAGUGCUGGCGCAACGGUUAGUUGACAGCAAUGCUAAGAUUGCCCAAACAUCGGUCGAGAUUUGUCAGCAGAUGGCCAUUGCGAUGGGUCCCCCGUGUCGGCAGUACGUGCGAGCGUUCUUCCCCGGCUUUCUCAAAGGGCUUGGCGACGGUAAAAGUUUCAUCCGUAGCGCCUGUCUCACCUGCAUCAAUACGUGGGGCGAACAGGCGGGCUAUAAGGAUUUCUUCGACGGUGAAAUGAUAGCCGAUGCACUUAAGACCGGCAGUCCUGCAUUGCGUACCGAGCUUUACGCGUGGCUGGCAGAGAAAUUACCCAACAUGCCCACCAAGAGCAUCCCGAAGGACGAGCUGCAGGCCAUACUACCCCAUCUGUAUACGCACAUUACCGAUCGCAGUGCAGAUGUGCGCAAGAACGCCAAUGAUACUAUACUGGGUGUGAUGAUCCAUCUGGGAUAUGACGCAAUGGUGAAGGCAUUGGACAAGCAAAAGCCCAUAUCUAAAAAGGACAUACAGGCAGCACUCGAUAAGGCACGCCCAAAUCUACCCGUAAAACAGCUCCCUCCUGCAAAGGCCGCUCCGCCAGCGGAAGAAACAGUCGCUAGCAAGGGUGGCCUUAAGCUGAAGACGACUAAAUCAGCCGGUGCCGGUGGUGCUGGUGCUGCUGGUCGUUUGGGGUCGGGUUCGGCGGGAUCAGACAAAUCGGGUGGCGGUGGAGCAGGUAUUGGUAGCGCCGGUAGCGGUAGCAGUUCGUCGCGAAAGAAAGAAGAAGACGCCGAUUCGUUGGCACCGCUGCUGGUUGUAAAUGGGCUGAAGAAGCAACGCUUCGUGGACGAGCAGAAGCUGAAGGUGUUGAAGUGGACAUUCACCACACCGCGGGAGGAGUUUUACGAGCUGCUCAAGGAGCAAAUGCAAACGGCCAACGUAAACAAGGCGCUAAUGGUGAACAUGUUCCACGAGGACUUCCGGUACCAUCUGAAGGUGAUCGAUGCACUGAUGGAAGAUUUGGCAACGAACGAGGAAGCACUGAUAUGCAACUUGGACCUGGUGAUGAAGUGGCUUUCACUGCGUUUCUACGACACUAACCCGUCUGUGCUGCUGAAGGGUUUGGAGUAUCUGAACCAGGUCUUUCAGCGGUUGGUCGACCGACAGUACAUGCUGGCGGACAUCGAAGGUAGCUCGUUCGUGCCGCAUCUGCUGAUAAAGAUAGGCGAUCCAAAGGACGUGGUGCGGAACGGUGUGCGUACGCUGCUGCGCCAGAUCUGUUUGCUUUACCCGUUCUCGAAGGUGUUCGUGUUCAUCAUGGAUGCGCUCAAGUCGAAAAAUGCCCGACAGCGUGCGGAAUGUUUGGACGAGUUGGGCUAUCUGAUUGAGACGUACGGGUUGACCGUUUGUCAACCCUCGCAACCGGUUGCGCUGAAGGAGAUAGCACGGCACAUCUCCGAUCGGGACAACGCGGUACGGAAUGCAGCGCUGAACGCUGUGGUGCAGGCUUACUUUUUAACCGGCGAGAAGAUUUACAAACUGAUCGGUCAGCUGUCGGAUAAGGAUCUGUCGAUGUUGGACGAGCGCAUCAAGCGCUCGAAGAAGACGUCGGUGGUGCCGCCGAAGAAAUUGCCAAUACCGGGCGCAGGAACGAAUCUCAACGAAACUACGAUCGUGGCGAAGGAAAGCAUCGUUCCAGCCGUACAGGGGUUGCCGGCCGCUGUGACUGGCGUCGGUGGUGAUGUAGGUGUAGAUGACGUGAUGGAUGAAGAGGAAACGUUAGUACCUUCGCAUGCGGAUGCUGUCGCUGUACCGAUGAAAAUGAUUGUGCCGGAGCCACCGCAACCCAGAGUGGUGAAGGGUCCCUUCAAGCUCGAUGAGAAUGUGAUAGCAGAUAUCGAACGGAACUGGGUGAAGGCCGAUGAGCUCGGCAAAACCGUCCUAAGCCCGAUGGAUGAUUCCUUUAUCUACGAUGAGCUGACCGUGAUCGCGGCGAACGGUGUAUCAUAUCCGGAGGAGAAAUUCCGACAGCUUACCCAACGCAACCUGCUCUCGUCCGCGGGUGCUGGCGGUCCGGGCGAAUCACCCGUUCACCAUCAACACACGGUGUCCAGCAUUCGCCCAUCCGUAGAUGGUAGCGGAUUAAUCCCCAAACCAAAACCUGCGCCUCCUGUUGGACCAAGUUUGACUGAUGCUCUCCCAAAGAUGGAUCAAAACUUGGUACGCAUCAUUCGUGGAAUUGGUAACGCGGACAGUUACGCUGCACAUGCCGCCUUAAACGAGCUAACGGAUAUCAUGCAAUCACCGGAGAAGCAAGCGGUCCUGCGAGGAUACGAGGAAAUGUACAUACAGCACGUACUACAGCAAUUUAAGAACAUCCAGCAAAAACCGAUAGCGGAAUCGAUGAACAUUUAUCAUCCGCUACUGCACAGCAUCUUCAUGUUUUUCGCCUCAAAAUCGCUGGGAAAGCACUUGACGAUCGUGUCGAUCAAAAACAUAAUCUCCGUGCUGUUGGGACUGAUGGCGGAUAAUCGUCUCGUCACCGGUAUCGACGAUGCACAGUUCGUAAAGGUGGUGAAUGGGAUUUGUCUGAAGAUUCUGGAUCGCACCAACUUCACCUACAUGAACUGUGCCCUUAUCCGGUUGCUGAAGGAAUCCUGCCAGACCAGUUGCCUGCCAAAGUUUACCGAUCUGCAGAUGAAGUGCAUCUGGCGCAACGUGAAGGUCAUACCGGACCGGUUGGCCGAGCUCGAUUAUGAGGCAGUGUUGCUCGAGGUGCACGAGUUUAUGCUUGCCCUUCCGUCGACGUGGUGGCAAUCGCGACCAUCCGAUAUGCCGCUGCGUACAGUGAAAACCAUCAUUCACAAUAUGACCAAAAUCAAGGGUAACGCUAUACUGCAGCACUUGAAUACGAUUCCUACCCGGUCGGAGCUACACUCGUACGUGUUGCGCAUUCUGAAGAACAUCAACAAGGAUGCGACCGGUACGGCGGUGGCCGGUGAUGGCGAAGCGGGCGGUAACACGCCCUCGUUACGGCCGGGCACGGCAGCGGGUAUGAUGGUUACCGCCCAAAAUAAUGCACUUAACAGCGACAAUAACAACCAUGGCGGUACGCGUGGCACCAUGAUCAGUGGUGACGGAGACGGCCAUGGUACGGUGGUGGGUUCGGAGUAUCAGAAAUAUAUCGCUGUUAAUGCCAGCCUCGAAAGCGGUGCUGAUGGUAGUAAAGGUGGCCCGCAAAACAAACAAAAUCCGGACUUUUGGAUGGAUCGACUAAAUCACCUUAUGAAAAAAACAUCCGUUGGUGGCCAACCAAACCGUGCGAGCAUGUUAGGGACGAACGGCACGCAACUGUCAACAGACGGAUCAACAACCACGCUCGGUAGUACAGCGGUGACCGGCGGUGGGAUAAUUACGGACGAGAAUUUGAACCUUAACCAAAUGCAGGGAAGCAAAUUCGGCAUACGUCGGGGGCUGGACGGGACGGGACUGGGUCAUGAAAGCAACCUCACCGGAACACCCCUAGGUGGUGGUACAACUUCCCAGCGUCGGGAAUUAUUGCAGCAAAAGCUCGAGCAACUUAAGCAGCAUAAGUGAACCCUCGUAAACGAAAGGGCAAAAGUGGAUAAGAGUCUCUAGCGGAUGUCAGUCAGUAUACGCUAACCGGCAUUAGGACUUGCACACGUAUCGGCGGGAAUUCUACAGGGCAGACGAGAGUGUACAUGGUGGUGUGAAUGAUGAUGAUGAUGGUGUCAUCAACAAACAUUCCACGACGGCACGCGUGUAACGUCCUUUUGUUAAGUUCAGCACGGUAUUAAAUCUUUGUCUCUCUUGGAGUCCUCCGGUCGAGCUGGUGGGGACUGGCGGAAAUGGAACAAAAUACUCAUCCUUUCAAUUCUCCCGGUUCUUCCCUCUCCCCCUGUUACACCCAUCAGAACCUAGCAAAACAAAAAAAAAACAAGCAGUUGCGUUUGGAGCAACAAGUGAAGCAACCCAUUAACAAAAAUCACAAUA